CGUGAUUUCAUCUCCAGCUGGUUCUGGUGGGUCAUGGCAUUUUUGCAUUGGAACAGCCUGCCUCUUGUUUUUCUUUAUUUUGCGACGACUUGGGUUCCGUCCUUUGACUGCGGUAGCCGAUUAUUUGCCUUAAACUCUUCCUCAUAAUGUGACACGUUGACGCUGUAAAAUGAAGCGGCCCAACGAUGGCCACAGCUCUGCUACAACCGAGGCAGAACAGCACAAGCCGCUGGGCACUGCCUCGCAAGUUCUCACUAGUCUUGCCGCCGGAGCCAUGGCCGGCGCCCUCGCCAAAACCACCAUUGCACCGCUUGACAGAACAAAAAUUAAUUUCCAAAUCAAUCAAGCACCAUACUCAGCGCGCCAAGCAUUGAAUUUCUUGGCGAAAAGCUACCAAAGAGAGGGACUGAUCAGCUUGUGGAGAGGAAACUCGGCGACGAUGGCCAGGAUCAUCCCUUACGCAGCGAUUCAGUUCUCAGCACACGAGCAGUGGAAACAGGUCCUGGGCGUCGACCAAGACAAAGUCAGAAAAACGAGUUCUUGGCGCCGCUUCCUCUCCGGUUCGCUAGCCGGCGUGACGUCGCAGUCCCUUACUUACCCUUUGGACAUGGCCAGAGCGCGAAUGGCUGUCACCCAGAAGGAACAAUACAGCAGCAUUAGUCAUAUGUUUGUUAGAAUUUGGAGGGAAGAAGGGCCACGAACACUCUACAGAGGCUACUGCGCCACUAUUUUGGGCGUCAUCCCCUACGCCGGGACUUCUUUCUACACUUAUGAAACCCUCAAAGCCUUACACAUGGAGUACUGGGGGACAAGCGGCACAAACCCAUUUGAGAAACUGUUAUUCGGCGCCGUGGCAGGACUGAUCGGGCAGACAUCAUCUUAUCCGCUAGACAUUGUGAGACGCAGAAUGCAGACUUCCCCUAUCGCCAACAGUCAAUACCAAACAAUUAGGGGCACGCUAAUCAAAGUGUACAUGGAGGAAGGUCUGAAGAACGGGCUCUUCAAGGGUCUCAGCAUGAACUGGAUCAAGGGCCCUGUCGCCGUGGGAAUCAGCUUCUCGACCUUCGACACUAUGCAGUACUAUCUGCGUAAAGCCCUCAAUUACGCCGAUCUUUAGUCAACCAAAUCAAUUGAUUGUGUCUGUGAUGAAAGACUUUUAUAAAAGUGGUGCACGAGGAGACGAACGACAAUAAUAAUACAAUCUUGCAUAGUGUAGCAGUUUGCUUGUGCCUUUCGUGCCAUAUUUUGUUUUUGCCAGUAUAUUUAUUUGUAAUUGUUUUGGUACAUACAACCAAAAUUGUUAUGUUUAAAAAUUAUAAUGCCACCAUCUUCCCAUAAACCGCCAUAAGCCCAUCUAUGCCAAUUUAAAAGCGAGAUGCUUUCUUACAUUAAUUACAAAUCUUAAGUUCUCCCGUUUAAAAAAUACAAAGGCCGCUGCAAGAAAUUGAUUACCAGUAGAACAAAACUAAGAUAAAUAUAUCUUCUGAAACAGUGAGAACAUGUACCACCAUCGUUGUUUCGUGGAAAAUUGUUUUAUUUUCAAUAAAUUUUAUGGAUUAUUUGAAA